GCGCCCGGCGGCCGGGCAUGUAGCAGCGGCGGCCGCGGCGGAAUAUGGGCGGGAACCACUCCCACAAGCUCCCCGCGACUGACGAGAAUGAGGAAGUCAACUUUGACCAUUUCCAGAUUCUGCGGGCCAUUGGCAAAGGGAGUUUCGGAAAGGUGUGCAUCGUGCAGAAGCGAGACACUAAGAAGAUGUACGCGAUGAAAUACAUGAACAAGCAGAAGUGCAUUGAGAGGGAUGAAGUUCGGAACGUCUUCAGGGAACUGCAGAUCAUGCAGGGGCUGGAGCACCCCUUCCUGGUCAACCUGUGGUACUCCUUCCAGGACGAGGAGGACAUGUUCAUGGUGGUGGACCUGCUCCUGGGGGGAGACCUGCGCUACCACCUGCAGCAGAACGUGCGUUUCACAGAGGGGGCUGUGAAGCUCUACAUCUGCGAGCUGGCUCUGGCCCUGGAGUAUCUGCAGAGGUACCGCAUCAUCCACAGAGACAUCAAACCAGACAACGUGCUGCUGGAUGAGCAUGGACACGUUCACAUUACUGACUUCAACAUAGCGACGGUGGUGGAAGGAGCAGAGCGGGCCUCCUCCAUGGCUGGCACCAAGCCCUACAUGGCCCCGGAGGUGUUCCAGGUGUACGUGGACGGAGGCCCUGGGUACUCUUACCCAGUCGACUGGUGGUCCCUGGGUGUCACAGCCUACGAGCUCCUGCGGGGCUGGAGGCCGUAUGAAAUCCACUCAGCCACGCCCAUCGACGAGAUCCUCAACAUGUUCAAGGUGGAGCGCGUCCACUACUCGUCCACGUGGUGCCGGGGGAUGGUGGCCCUGCUGAAGAAGCUCCUGACCAAGGACCCCGAGAGCCGCCUGUCCAGCCUCCGUGACGUGCAGAGUGUGCCCUACUUGGCCGACGUGAACUGGGAUGCUGUGUUUGAGAAGACGCUGAUGCCCGGCUUUGUGCCCAAUAAAGGGAGAUUGAAUUGUGAUCCCACAUUUGAACUUGAAGAAAUGAUUCUAGAAUCCAAGCCACUUCACAAAAAGAAGAAGAGAUUGGCAAAGAACAGGUCCAAGGAUGGCACGAAGGACAGCUGUCCCCUGAACGGACACCUGCAGCAGUGUUUGGAGACUGUACGGAAGGAGUUCAUCGUAUUCAACAGAGAGAAGUAAGUCCUCCAGGUAGCACCCCCUGGGCAGAGCCCGU